AUUGUCUCUCUUACUGAGCUUGGUACCUUGCUUUGCUUAGAGGAUACAGGGUAGUGCCUGGAGUCCUCGCCUCGUCCCGACGUGCCAUAUUUCUUCCCCUGCUUGAAGUUUGAGCAGCGCAACAAGCCAAGCAACUGAGCAAUCCAUAUCCUUCUUUUGAACGGAAACACAGCGGACUACGACAAAAGUCAGAACAAACUGGUCUGGAGCUGGGCUCUAGUCCGUAUAACGGCUGUGGAUGCAGUAUGGUGUCGGACACGGACCCGUAUCAUGAAGUUCAACGGGAGAUGCAAGGGACGCUUGCAAAUGCUGGGACGCUCCUCUCAAGCUUCCGGCGGAUACAGAGUAUAGGGCAGGCAAAGUCAAACGGGAGAGGGGAAGAGAGUGAAGAGUUGUCGUACGCACGGAGUGAGCUGAAAGCCACCCUGAGCACGUUGGAGGCGGACUUGGAGGAUCUCGAGGAGAGUGUAAGAGUUGUAGAGAAUAGUGGUCCGAAGUCCUUUGGGCUUGAUGAUAGCGAGGUACAGAGACGCCGCCGCUACGUCCGUGAAGUUCGACAAGAACUUGAUAGCAUGCGCGCGGAAGUUGCCUCGUCUGAGGUUGGUUCAAAGCAUUUUGCAUACCGUCUGGGUUGGCUAACUCAAGAGGAACAGAGACUAGGGUCGUCGGGCACACCACGAUAUGCACCAUCCUCACCGACCUCACGACCCAAAGCGACGUUCUCCGAUCCUCUUCAACAACCCAGAGAUAAUGAAGAGGACGACCAGGCGGCUUGGAGCCGAAUGGAACAACAGAUGAUCAUGCAAGAACAAGACAAAACAAUCGAUUCAAUUACAGGAACGGUAGUAACUCUGACGGAACAAGCGGGCCUCAUGGGGACCGAACUCAGAGAGCAUAACGAAUUACUCGGUGAUCUCGAGCAUAACGUCGACCACACGGAAACGAAAUUGAACAAGUCCUUAAGACGUUUACAGCGCUUCGUGCGCGAGACGGAAGAGACAAAGAGUGGCUGGUGUAUUGCCAUCCUGAUUGUCAUUCUUUGUAUAGAGGGCCGAUUCUCGAAUUCGAUGGGAAUAUAUCUUUUGUAUACCAUGUAA